UGUCCGGAGUCUCGCGAGCGCAUUGCUUCUUCUGGACGUGAUAUGUGCGUCGAAUGGUGUGAAAGUGAAUGUGCUGGGGAAACUCUUGACCACGAGAGCGGAUCAUCAGCAAAGAGAAUCUUCUUCAGUUGAAAGUGAAACAAGAGCAGCAGGAGCGCCGAUUCCUA